UUUUGAUUUGACAAGUCAGAUUGUAGUUUUGACGUCCCAAAUCUUAAUGUCAAAUAUAAAUUAAAUUAUGAUUAAAUUAACUGAUAGUUUAUAUACAAAUUAAUGAGUUGACCUAAUAGAUAACCAAAAAAUUCAAAAGGAUGAUUCCUGGGAGCAUCCCACUAGCUUUGUGUACGGUAGUUUUUAGGAGAUAUUUUGACUCUGUUACAGGACGUAUACCUGUACUACCUACAAGCAAUAUACCAAAUAUGUCCACGUUAUUCAUGGUAUCCGGCGCAUUAUUUUACUUAUAUAGUCAUUUGAAAAAAGGCACAUUGGUCAAUGUCGGGAGGCGGAAUUGUUCUUCGGUAGAGAACAGAUCAAUGCGUCGGUCGUGGUUUUUUAAAAAUCUAUGGGGAAAACGUAAAAGUUGCACGGAUGCGAUGUUUAGAAUAGCAAAGCAAUUUUCCGAUUCAGUAACUGAUUUAAAUCCUUGUCUUUUACUACCUCGUGAUACGUUCCAAGUGAGUUUUCCAGGUAGUAGUUCGUUAUCGGAUGUAAACGAUACUCCCCGAACAGACAAUCCUUGUCAAGUAAUUUACGAAUCGAAGCGGCCGGCUACGAGUAAAGUACAGUCGGUUGCGGAAAUCAAAAAGACUUUAACGAACGCUUCCGGCGAUAAAAAUUCUACAAGAAGAACUAAGAGGCCGAGGAAGCACGCCGUGAAGAGGUUGGCGAGAGAAAGCGGGUCGAAUGAUGUUCGCAACAAGCAGUCUAAUUUAUGCGUCGAAAGAAGAACGCGUAGUGGUAAAAUUUAUAAUCUUGUCCAAUAAAGAAAUGUCUUAUAAAA